AUGCAUUUACAUUUCGAGAGGAACGUGAACGCAAAGUGCGAUUGUACUAUAUUGUCUCUAUCAUGGAUGGGCAAAGUACCAGACGAGUUACCCGAGGAAGAAGGCUGGAAGUUGAAUCGCAACAAUUAUUACCAAGAAGGUUGGCUGGCCACUGGAAAUGUACGCGGGGUCGUGGGAGUUACAUUUACAUCAUCACACGCGCGAAGACCACACGAACUACCGUUACGAACAAAUUACAACUUACGAGGACAUCGAUCAGAUGUGAUUCUGGUGAAAUGGAACGAGCCGUAUCAGAAGCUUGCUUCAUGUGACAGUUCGGGAGUGAUCUUCGUGUGGAUUAAGUACGAGGGUCGUUGGAGCAUUGAGCUGAUUAAUGACCGGAGUACUCCAGUCACACACUUCUCCUGGUCUCAUGAUGGUCGGAUGGCGCUGAUAUGCUAUCAGGAUGGCUUCGUGCUGGUUGGGUCUGUGGCCGGCCAAAGGUACUGGUCUUCAAUGCUGUCUCUUGAUGCUCGCAUCACCUGUGGAUGCUGGACUCCCGAUGACAGCCAGGUCUACCUGGGCACGGCAUCCGCACAACUCGUUGUGAUGGAUGUCCACGGAGCUAUGGUGUCACAGGUGCAAUUAGUAGAAGAAGGCGGUAUAACUUCAAUGGCUUGGUCCUGCGAAAAAUUUAAUAUGGAGGAAGGUGAGGAGGUUGGGGAGAAUAAAGGCGGGCACGUGCUGGCUGUAGCUCUUGGCAACGGAGAGAUAGUAUUACUACGAGGACAUGAUGAUGUCAGUCCUAUCCGGAUACAUACUGGUGUCAGAGGGAACACAUUGGCCAUGGAAUGGGCAAAUUCAAGGGAACUAUUGGCCGUUGCUGGCACUUUAGUUGCUGAACCAAAUGAACCAGAAGACGAACCUCCAUUUAAGAAUAUAGUCAAGUUUUACGCGGACACGGGAGCGCUCAUUUAUACAGUACCCGUUCCUUGUACUCAAGCGCGUGUGACAGCCCUGACGUGGGGUCACGCAGCGCGUCGCUUGUUCGUUGGUGUGGGGGGCUCUGUGUGUACCGCCCGCGUGUGGCGAGUAGUGGCACCCCUGCAGUUAUUGGCACGUGUUCGUGCCGCUGCCGCUCUACGUCACCCGCGGCUCGCUGCAAAACUGCCUCUACCACCUAGACUGCAGCCCGCGUUAGCGAGUUUAUUCGCUCAUACUAUACGGUGCAACGUCCCUGAAGCGAACGAACUACGUCGGUUUGUAUCUCGUCCGCCGGCCUCGGGCGGGCGUCUUCACUGUACUAUGCUGCGACACGAUGAUGAGGAGGCGGGUGCUUAUACACUGUACCUCGAACAUCUGGGAGGACUGGUGCCUUUACUUAAAGGAAGAAGGACCAGCAAGAUCAGACCGGAGUUCGUGAUAUUCGAUCCUCAGGGCGAAGAAGGCGUCCCUCCCCCACGCGAGUCGAGCAGCAGUAGCAGCACUAGCGCGUCCAGCAGCAGUGGGGGUGUGCGCGGCUCCCCUCGCUUGUCUCGAGCACACGGCUCGCCUCGCUCCCGAGCCCCCCGACCGAGACCCGCCACACAACACGACUCUUGUUCCUCUGACACUGAACGAGAGGAUGGUUGUUCGGGCUCUCCGCGCUUACAAAGACGCAGACGAGCUCGAGAACGACGGAAAGCUCGUAAUGCCAGUGAAAAAGACGAUACCCCUGACGAAUUGGCCUAUAUAGACUCCUUACCAGAAGACGUUCGUCUAGUGGAAGUAACAUCGAACAUAUGGGGGACAAAAUUUAAAAUGCACGGAUUAGCCAAAAACGUGCCGGCGAACCUCGGACAAGUGACGUAUAAAACUUCAUUAUUACACCUCCAGCCCAGACAAAUGACAUUAACAAUAACAGAACUCAGAGAUGACUACCCAGUCGGACCAGACCCGAAUUUCAAUCCGAAUAUAUUUUCCGAAGACGAAGAAGAAGUAUUCCAGCCUAGCGAAACAAACUCUCCGUCACACACUAAUAAUAAUAUUAGAAAAAAAACCAAUCCACUAAUAAUGACUGAUAGGAUGACUAGCACUAAUAAUAUAAUAAAUCAAUCGGAAAUAUAUUCACCCAACAACAACUCGAACCCCGCCAUGGCUAGGGCGGAAUCUUACGACGAAUUUCCCUUUAUAGAUACUAAUGAAUCUAUUAAUAAUGUGACAGAUAAUGUUUUUAGCACGACUCCCGUCCGACAUAGUAACCAGACGCCUGAGAGGCGUGUCAGUAAUACAGCAGGGGUGACCAACCGUCAUGCUAUAUCACCUUUGAGGUGUGAAGGUUCCGUACCCACGUUGCAGUCCCCUAAGAAUGCUGUUGCACCUACCGAUAUAAUUUUCGAGAGACCCUCGCCUCAAACCGUCACUUGCGGAGGUCGAGGCGACUUUUGUGGAGGACGCACCGAGUAUAGCGUUAGAGAUAAUGUUGCGAUCAAAGGGAAUCUACCCAAUAUGGACCAACAAUCUUUCAGCUUAAACCUCAGCUUGGAACCCAGUAGACAAGUGACCAUAAAGAAGUGUGAUAAUCACGUCGCCGACAAUUGUCUGUCAAAGUUAAGAAAAAAUAUAUGCAAUAGAGGAGAAUCGUCAUACGAAAUCAAUACAAAUAGAAUAUUAAAAUCUCUCUGUAAUAAGAAUUUUGAACACGAAGUCCAUCCUGACGCCAUGUCCAAGAGAACGGAAACACUUAAAAAUUUGCAAAAAGGUGAAGAUUUAAAAUUUAUUGACGAAGAGACUCCCGUCGAUACGAAUAUUAAUAAUCUAACAGAUAAAGUUCGAGAAGGUAGAGUACAAAGAACGACUACCGUAGUGCCCAUUAGUCCAGUGUGUGCAAACAUUCCCGUAUAUGACACGAUGACGCGCAGUUGUAGUGUGGGUUACCUCGACUUGGUGGACCCACAAGUACUACACGCUCAAGUCAGCCUGACCGCCUUGAGGGGAGAACCACCGCGACGACUGAUACUUGUAAACACGAAACGACAACGACGACCGAGAAGAUACCUGAAGAAUGAUAUGAAACAAAUGGAUAACAAAACACCGAGCCUGAAGAAAUGUGGGAAAUCCAGGAGCUUGGAUUCUGGGGAACUGACCAUUACGGCAGAGAAGAGUAAGCGGCAAUCGAAAACGGAGACGAAAAUCAAGGCUGACGUGUCCGCGAACUGCAGUAGUCGAUACAAUAGUACGGGGGAGGAGGGUAGCGGCACUAGUACGGAGGAAGGACGAACUAGGGGAGGGUGCACGCUUGGGGUGCGACCGGCGGGCUCGGGGACACCCCCCGCCGCCCGCGCUGCACCCCCCGCACCCCUCCUCACCGACAGUGAUUCCGACUACAGCAAGUAUUAUAGUUCCUUGGAGCAGUUGGCUCUGCGGCUGCUCGCGUCGCGGUCAUCAAAGCGUGCCGGUGAGGGGGUCGCGGGUUCAUUGUCUCGUGAGAGUAGCUCCGCCCCAGCCUCCCCCCGGCCCGCGCGGGCCACAUCCCCCUCCCCCGCGCCCGCGACCCCCGCCCCGCGGACCAGGAGACAGAGAUACUCCUCCGCAUCACCGAUAAGACAAUUGCUCAACUCGCCGCUGUUAAAUAGAAGAAGAAACAAGAAGCUGUCUGAGAGUUCAGACGACGAGUACUCGAACGGUUACAACGAAGUUAACAGCAAGAACUACAGAGAUCUAGAGAGUUUCCAGAAGGCACAACUUAGAAAUAAGCUAAAACGUGCUGGCGGUAACAUGGGCGCGGGCGCGGGGGAGGUGCGUGAGCGUCGUCAGCUGAUGAUGCACAACAAGGCGCCCAUGUGGAACGAGAACAGCCAGGUGUACCAGCUGGACUUCGGAGGACGGGUGACGCAGGAGUCCGCCAAGAACUUCCAGAUUGAGUACCACGGGAAGCAAGUGAUGCAGUUCGGUCGUAUCGAUGGCAACGCGUACACCCUGGACUUCCAGUACCCGUUCUCAUCCCUUCAGGCGUUCGCGGUAGCUUUAGCGAACGUAACGCAACGGCUCAAAUGA